AACGUAGUCUGCGUACGUAGUUUUCAUUCAGGCAGCAUUUGAAUAAGGAAGAUGGCGGCUGCAGCGGUGGUUGAAUUUCAGAGAGCACAGUCUCUCAUUAGCACGGAUCGCAACGCCUCUAUCGAUAUUCUCCACUCCAUCGGCAAAAGAGAUGUCCAAGAGAACGAUGAGGAGGCUGUCAGGGUUAAAGAACAGAGCAUCCUGGAGCUGGGGACACUCCUGGCCAAGACGGGGCAGGCUGCAGAACUGGGAGGCCUGUUGAAGUUCGUCCGGCCUUUCUUGAUUUCCAUCAGCAAGGCGAAGGCAGCCCGUCUGGUGCGCUCUCUGCUCGACCUCUUUCUGGACAUGGAGGCAGCUACGGGGCAGGAGGUGGAGCUGUGUCUGGAGUGCAUCGAGUGGGCCAAGGCAGAGAAAAGAACUUUCCUACGACAAGCUUUGGAGGCCCGUUUGAUCUCGCUCUAUUUUGACACCAAAAGGUAUCAAGAGGCUCUGGCACUUGGCUCUCAGUUGCUGCAGGAGUUGAAAAAGAUGGAUGACAAAGCUCUGCUCGUGGAGGUUCAGCUGCUGGAGAGUAAGACAUACCACGCUCUCAGUAACCUCCCCAAAGCCCGUGCAGCCCUCACCUCCGCCAGGACCACCGCCAAUGCAAUCUACUGUCCACCAAAGCUCCAGGCAGCUCUCGACAUGCAGUCAGGGAUCAUCCAUGCAGCUGAGGAGAAGGACUGGAAAACGGCCUACUCCUACUUCUUUGAAGCCUUUGAGGGCUAUGACUCCAUCGACAGCCCCAAAGCCAUCACAUCGCUCAAAUACAUGCUCCUCUGCAAAAUUGUCCUCAACUCACCAGAGGAGGUACAAGCCUUGAUCAGUGGUAAACUUGCGCUGCGAUAUGCUGGUCGCCAGACAGAUGCACUGAAAUGUGUUGCCCAGGCCAGUAAGAACAGAUCAUUAGCAGACUUUGAAAAGGCCCUAACAGAGUACAAAGCUGAGCUGCGGGACGACCCGAUCAUCAACACUCACCUGGCCAAGCUGUACGACAACCUGCUGGAGCAGAACCUUAUUCGAGUCAUUGAACCAUUUUCCAGAGUACAGAUAGAACACAUAUCCGGGUUAAUCAAAUUGUCAAAGGGAGACGUAGAGAGGAAACUAUCACAGAUGAUCCUGGACAAAAAGUUUCACGGGAUCCUUGAUCAGGGUGAAGGUGUAUUGAUCAUAUUUGAAGAACCUCCAGUCGACAAAACAUACGAGGCAGCCUUGGAAACAAUUCAGAACAUGAGCAAAGUCGUGGACUCACUUUACAACAAAGCGAAGAAGUUAACAUAGAGCAGAUGACCAUGUCCCGUGUGAUGGAGGAACUGUGUGUGUUUGACCAGCGUGUAACAUUUUAUGAAGGGGACAAGGGAGAGCCACAACGUCCCAUGAACUGCAACAAACAGGAUUCCCCCAUCAAAUUCCCAUCCCGUCUAUGGACUAUUUCAUCACCCGUUUUAUUCCUUUUUGGUUUUGAUAAGUCUUCAGGAUUCUGUAACACUCAGCGGCCAGCUCAGGCCAUCAGGGAAUAUUGUACAACCACAAUAAAAAUAUUCAAAGGUUUAAAGAAUACAUAUAUCUUUCUCAUAAGUUCGAUCUUCACUACAACUUUGACAGCCUCAGACUCUGCUACUGUUGUAAGGAGGAACAGGGCUUUUCACUUGUCAAUAUCUUUCAGAAGCACACUGCUCCAUUUUUGGAAAGUCGGGAUACUUCUUUGGGAUGUUGAAAUCUUGUCUGAAGAGCUCCCUCUAGCUCCGUUUCAUUUCCAUAUCAAUGCCAACAGUAAAGACCCCGCUGUAUUUCAGAUAUGUAUUAAACACUUUGUUUCAGAUUUUGUGUUUUUUUUUGUUAAUAAUUUUGAAAUGAAAUCUGAAUGGUUGCCACAUGUCCUGCCCCCGCUUCUGUAAAUUUAUAUAAGAAACAGGAUGCCAUGUCACCACUAGUGCCAGUUUUGGGCACUAGUUUUGCCUCUUGGCGAAAUAUUACUCAAAAGAGCGGAGGCGAGGGCGGUGAACCUCUGAGCUUUUGUCCAAUAUUCCCAAGUGUGCAGUUCUUCAUCGUUAGUUCCUAGCACUAGUGUGGUAUGCUAGUAACCAAACCGUUUGUAUGGUUUUGAUUUGGUUUCAUCUUAUUUUGGUUUUGUUUCUCUUCUAAAGGCAUUUUCAAAAUAAAUAUUUUGUAUUUUAA